GCUCCUAACCCCGCGCGCCGCAUCGGCGUGCGUGCGGCUGAAGCCUCAAGCGUUCACCCCGCCCGGCUUCAUCGCGGCCCGCGGCCCAGCGUCGCGCUCCUCCUGCGCGAGGGCUGCUGAGGCCUGGCCGGGAGCCGCGCCUCAGCCCGCGCGAGGCACCGUCCUUGGAGAAGAUGGAAGCGGAGAGGCGGCCGGCGCCGGGCCCGCCCUCCGAGGGCCUGUUUGCGGACGGGCACCUGAUCCUAUGGACGCUGUGCUCGGUCCUGCUGCCGGUGUUCAUCACCUUCUGGUGUAGCCUCCAGCGGUCGCGCCGGCAGCUGCACCGCAGGGACAUCUUCCGCAAGAGCAAGCACGGGUGGCGCGACACGGAUCUGUUCAGCCAGCCCACCUACUGCUGCGUGUGCGCGCAGCACAUUCUGCGGGGCGCCUUCUGCGACUGCUGCGGGCUCCGUGUGGAUGAGGACUGCCUCAAGAAGGCCGACAAGCGCUUCCAGUGCAAGGAGAUUAUGCUCAAGAAUGACAGCAAGGUCCUGGACGCCAUGCCCCACCACUGGAUCCGGGGCAACGUGCCCCUGUGCAGUUACUGUAUGGUUUGCAAGCAGCAGUGUGGCAGCCAACCCAAGCUCUGCGAUUACAGGUGCAUUUGGUGCCAGAAGACAGUACAUGAUGAGUGCAUGAAACAUAGCUUAAAGAAUGAAAAGUGUGAUUUUGGAGAAUUCAAAAACCUAAUCAUUCCACCAAGUUAUUUAACCUCCAUUAAUCAGAUGCGUAAAGACAAAAAAACAGAUUAUGAAGUGCUAGCCUCUAAGCUUGGAAAGCAGUGGACCCCAUUAAUAAUUCUGGCCAACUCUCGUAGUGGAACUAACAUGGGAGAAGGACUGUUGGGAGAAUUUAGGAUCUUGUUGAAUCCAGUCCAGAUUUUUGAUGUAACUAAAACUCCUCCUAUCAAAGCCCUACAACUCUGUACUCUUCUUCCAUAUUAUUCAGCUCGAGUACUUGUUUGUGGAGGGGAUGGGACUGUGGGCUGGGUCCUGGAUGCAGUUGAUGACAUGAAGAUUAAGGGACAAGAAAAGUACAUUCCGCAAGUUGCAGUCUUGCCUCUGGGAACAGGCAACGAUCUAUCCAAUACAUUGGGUUGGGGUGCAGGUUAUGCUGGAGAAAUUCCAGUUGCACAGGUCUUACGAAAUGUAAUGGAAGCAGAUGGAAUUAAACUAGAUCGAUGGAAAGUUCAAGUAACAAAUAAAGGAUACUACAACUUAAGAAAACCCAAGGAAUUCACAAUGAACAACUAUUUUUCUGUUGGACCUGAUGCUCUCAUGGCUCUCAAUUUUCAUGCUCAUCGUGAGAAGGCACCAUCUCUGUUUUCUAGCAGAAUUCUUAAUAAGGCAGUUUACUUAUUCUAUGGAACCAAAGAUUGUUUAGUGCAAGAAUGUAAAGAUUUGAAUAAAAAAGUUGAGCUAGAACUGGAUGGUGAGCGAGUAGCACUGCCCAACUUGGAAGGUAUUAUAGUUCUGAACAUUGGAUACUGGGGCGGUGGCUGCAGACUAUGGGAAGGGAUGGGGGACGAGACUUACCCUCUAACCAGGCAUGAUGAUGGUCUACUGGAAGUUGUUGGAGUAUAUGGGUCUUUCCACUGUGCUCAGAUUCAAGUGAAACUGGCGAAUCCUUUUCGAAUAGGACAGGCACAUACAGUGAGGCUGAUUUUGAAGUGCUCCAUGAUGCCAAUGCAGGUGGAUGGAGAGCCUUGGGCCCAAGGGCCCUGCACUGUCACCAUAACUCACAAGACACAUGCAAUGAUGCUAUAUUUCUCUGGAGAACAAACAGAUGAUGACAUCUCUAGUACUUCGGAUCAAGAAGACAUAAAGGAGACUGAAUAGAUGGAUGAGGGAGUGAAAACUGCAUAGAAUCCUCAAAGCAAAGUAGAUACAUGUUCAUCCAAAAGUAUUACCAGAAUCUCUUAUCAGCAUUCAGUCUUAAUUUCGCUAGUAGUAUAAUGGGUAUACAUUUUUGUAAAUAGCAUCCCCAAACCAGCCAGAUUCCAGUUAUU